UGGACAUAUUAUAUGUUCGGAUAAGAUAGGGAGAGAGCGAGAGAGAGAGAGAGAGAGAGAAGAGAGAGAAACCCCCCAAGCUCUGAGAAACCAUUCGUUUCUUCCAUGGCGUCUCUCCUGCAACUUCCGGACUGUUCCAAGCCAGUCAUUCUCCUCAAACCUUCCUUCACUUCUCUCUUCUUCAACAACACUACUUCUCCUCGCCAUUUCCGAUCCUCUCAACCUCCGCCUCGCUUCAUUCCUAAAGCUUCUUCUUCUUCGUCUUCUUCUUCUUCUUCUUCUUUGCUCUGUCGCAGAAGGUUCAUCGCGGAGACCGCCGCGGUCUCUCUUUCCUUGGCGUCGCCAUUCCUCGGGCCUGUUCAACCGGCAAAGUCCGAAGACGCGCUCUCCGAGUGGGAAAGAUGCUACCUUCCGAUCGACCCUGGCGUCGUUCUCCUCGAUAUCGCCUUUGUGCCUGAUGACUUGAACCACGGCUUUCUUUUGGGAACCAGGCAAACCAUUUUGGAGACAAAAGAUGGCGGGAACACUUGGGUUCCCCGUUCCAUACCGUCAGCUGAAGAUGAGGAUUUCAACUACAGAUUUAAUUCUAUUAGCUUUAUAGGGAAGGAGGGAUGGAUUGUCGGGAAACCUGCAAUCCUCUUGUACACUUCUGAUGCUGGAGAGAACUGGGAAAGAAUAGCACUUAGUGCUCAGCUACCUGGAGAUAUGGUGUACAUAAAGGCGACUGGUGAAAAAGGUGCAGAGAUGGUGACUGACCAAGGUGCAAUAUAUGUUACCUCGAAUAAGGGGUAUAACUGGAGGGCUGCUGUUCAGGAGACUGUUUCAGCUACUUUAAACAGAACAGUUUCUAGUGGAAUUAGUGGGGCAAGUUAUUACACAGGAACUUUUAACACUGUGAACCGCUCACCAGAUGGAAGAUAUGUUGCUGUCUCAAGCCGUGGUAACUUCUACUUGACUUGGGAACCUGGGCAGCCAUUCUGGCAACCACAUAAUAGAGCAGUCGCUAGAAGAAUUCAAAACAUGGGUUGGAGAGCUGAUGGCGGCCUUUGGCUUCUUGUUCGUGGAGGGGGACUCUUUCUCAGCAAAGGUACAGGGAUAACCGAGGAUUUUGAAGAAGUGGCGGUGCAAAGCCGGGGGUUUGGCAUUCUUGAUGUUGGGUACCGAUCACAGGAGGAAGCGUGGGCAGCAGGUGGAAGUGGAAUACUAUUGAGAACCACCAAUGGUGGAAAGUCAUGGAUCCGCGACAAAGCAGCUGAUAAUAUUGCUGCAAAUCUAUACUCAGUCAAGUUUAUCGAUGAUAAGAAAGGGUUUGUGCUGGGUAAUGAUGGAGUCUUGCUACGGUAUCUUGGAUAAAGUUGUAAUUAACACUCGGUUUUGCAAUGAUGCUUUGCAAUUUUGUAUGGAUGCAAAUUUACCUAUAUGAUUUGUACCAAAUUCUUUGAAAAGAGAGGUAAACUUUCGUCGUUCGAUAUUGUAAUUUUUCUGAAACUGCUAAAUGUGAAUAUCACCGUUCUGUAAUCUGCAACAAUCAUGUUAGUCCUCUGAAGGCUUAUUAUUUGGUAUUUACCAAAUAGCAAUCAUUUAUUUGAUUUCUACAA